AUGACAGACAUCUACGCGGUAGCUCAGAGCCUCAUCGAGGAAUUGCGGACGAAUCUUGGAGAACUGAGACAGUCGCCAGACGCGCAGGCGCGCCUUCAGCGCAUCGCCCUCCGUAAAGUAGAGUCAGAGCGUGAAAGGUGUCACGGUCACUACCCAGACCUGAAGUGCACUAUCGAGAAGCCAAGUUUCUGUUUCUCGCCGCUGGCCACGGCGCCGACGACACGGGUAGCGUUUUCCCCUGGUUUUAUCUGCAGUGCUGGUGAGGCCACCAACGCAGACAACAAUGACUCUUUGUCCACUGUGACAAGAACGACGAGCACACGUACCAGCUCGCGCUCCAAGGCAACGAAGGAGAAGCUCUCCAGCGGCACACCCCUGCUAUCAACCGACACCACGGGAGUUGUGCCCACUGCUCGCACAAACCUCUUCUCAUCCCAAUCCAUCAAAACAGUCCAAGCGCAAAACUCUCCGGUCCAAGCACCAGUGAGUCACGCCAAACAUGUAGCUGCUUCUGGGGAGCCGAUAACAGGAGGUGAUGACACAGCCAUUGCCGCUUUCUCAUCGGCAGCUCUCAGUGAUUUAGCUACAGCGGCAUUGCUCGCCCCCUUCUCAGGAGCCUCGCGGGCGCUGGUAGAUCCGACACGCUUCACCCCACUUGUAAGACAGAUCUAUGCUGACAUGCAGCAGCGCGCUACUACCACGCCAGCUACACCUGCAGCGGUCGAGUGGCGUCGCCGCACGAUGGGUCCCCAGGACGCUGAGGUGCGCCGCGCGGUGCGGGACUACCUCUAUCGAAUGAACAUCAUCUCUGUCAUGGAGGCCGAGGAUGCAUCCAUGACGGCGCCACACGUCUUCAGCGACGCCCUCUUGAACGGCACUGCACUAUGCCAGCUUGUCGAGACCCUUAGAGAAGACGGUGAACCGCCGCUUUCUGAUCCAGUUCCAUGUCGUUGCCCACGCACAUUCGACGAGGUCCGCGUGAACUACGCGGUCGCGCUCGCUGCCUUGCGUGGUACCCCAGGCGCGGCGCAAGAGCUGCUGCCUCGCGCUACUUGGAUGAUGACGCCGGAGGAGGUUUACCUGCGCGCCUCUCCGACGGCGCUGCUCUCUCUCUUUGUGCACCUCAUCUCCACCUACCUCCCUGCCCCAGAGGAGUUGCCUCUGUGGAGGCAGCACAUGUGCUGGCAGCCCCCUGCAGACGCAGCUCACUACGCACCUGCACCACCCACCGAGCUUGCCGCCGCGGAGGCGCUGUGCGGCCGUUUUCUGCACGCGUGGGGUGCGCUGCCUGACCGCACCGUCUACCACUUACCCGGGGACGAGUGCCUCCUACCCACCGCCACGGCCGCGCCGUACAUGGCGAAGUGGUCCGGAUUCGUAGUCCGCCCGGUGGCGCCGUCGUCUAUCAGUGUGCCGUCGGUGUGGCCAUUCUUGUGCAACGGCGUGCUGCUCGUGCUGCUUGCCCGACGCAGCGGAGUGGAGGCGGUGGCGAAGGCGACGACCUCGUCCCACGGCGUGCCGCCCUUUUUCGCGAAUCCCCGCACCUUCGCCUGCUGCGCUGCCAACAUCGCUGGCGCCUUGCAUAGUUUUCAGACUGCACUGGCGAAGAAGUUGCCGCUGUCGUUCAUGUCCAAGGACUCCACGGCGGCCAUCAUCCGAGGUGACCGAGCGCACAUUCUUCAUCUCCUUCUGCACAUACGUGCUGCUAUGGAGGUCACCACGCUGCCCCGUGAUGUGCGUUCUGCGCCACUGAACAAGACUGCAGUCGCGCUAGGAGGCUGCACACCUACCAAGGUCUCGAGUCGGGCACCAGACGGUGAGGCUGUCACGACAUCGCCGUCAUCGUUCUCAUCACCAGGUUCACUGAUGCAGACACCGUCCACUGUUGCCAAAGAAGCUCUCCGCCCGAGUGCGCUGCUGCUACCUGUAGGACCUCGCUCGUUGGACCCCUUUCCUUUCACGGCAUUAGCGAGCAGCAGCUCUGCUAGUGUCCGUCGCGAGACAGUACCCGCAAAGAAACCGCAAGGCCGUGGUGGGCUGUGUGGAUGGCUGUGCCAGCAGCUGGGAACCGAGUAUCGCUACACCGCUGCCGACGAGUCUUUUGUCGUUGACGCUGCCACCUUCACCUUACAGCACCCUUGCCUGGUCUUCUCCGACGGCGUUGUUCUCGCUUACCUGAUUGGGCGAUUGGAGCGGCGCCGCUGCUCAUUCCUCGACUGUGUGCGACCCGCUUCCAAAAAGCCUGCGAAGCUCUUCAACGUGCGACGCUGUCUCGAAUUCCUUCGUUUUGGUGCUGGUAUUACCUUAAACAUCGCCUUGCUGGACGAGGCGCUGAUGGAAGGCAAGGUGGAGGGUGUUAUCUCGGUCCUGCAGGCGAUGCGGCGCCAUUACUGUUUGGCGCACGCACGACACUCGCACCAAGAGGCAUGA